AUGCCGUUCUCCAAGAUAAGAUCUGUACGUAGCAAAAUCUAUCGUCGUCGGUCCCUUUUACAAGAGUUGGACGACGAUGGUCUUUCUCUCUCCCUCUCUCCACCUUCAUCAGCUCCAAGCAGAGGUAAGCCUCUUCCUUCUCCUCAUCAUUCACCACCACAACCACUGCUACAACCAUCAUCACUACGACCACCACUAGUGUCAUUUCAACCACCACCUAUGUCUCCACCUCCACUACCACUCCCUCAUUAUCAUCUAUAUCUUCCUAGUUUCACUACUACUACUACUACUACUACAACUACUACUACUACCUCUUCGACAUCCAAUACAACACUAGUCCGUCAAAUAGAGCAUGGCUCUUGUCGUACCGUUCGUGCUCGUCGGAACCCUACACAGUCUUCUCUCGGUGGAAAGAGUGAGAUUAUCACUCCUCCUUAUCCAUGGGCAACCUCCCAUCGAGCUACUGUUUACAGUCUUGAUAAACUGCUUUCCAUGGGCAUCUACACCAUAUCUGGAGAAGUAAAAUGCAAGAGAUGCGAUCGCCAGUACGAGAUGGAAUUCGACCUUGGAAGCAAAUUCAUGGAAGUUGCAGCUUUCAUUGCUGCAAAGAAGAGUACUAUGCAUGAUCGAGCCCCAACAGAUUGGAUGAAUCCCAUACUCCCCACAUGCCAGUAUUGCGAACAAGUCAACAGUGCUAAGCCCAUUAUAGAUGUCAAGAAAAAGAAAAUCAAUUGGCUUUUCCUUCUCCUCGGACAGAUGCUUGGCUGUUGCAGCCUUGAACAACUCAAGUACUUCUGCAAGCACACUAAGAACCAUCGCACGGGAGCGAAAGAUCGGGUCCUUUAUCUAACUUAUCUUGGCCUCUGUAAACAACUCGAUGAUGCGGGUCCCUUUGAUCGUUGA